CAGAACCUUAAAGGAAAAGAAAAAACAUCCACGACGAAGAAAAAAAUAUGUCGACCUCGGAAAUUCCGUCGGUGGAUUUUGACAGCGCGCAAAGGGAUUACUGGCGUCAAGUCCGUCAAUCUGAGGGCUUCGAUAUGGAGAAUGUUUCAAUACCAUCAAAUAUGUGUGGGAUGAUAACUGGACUGUUGCCCUUCGAUUGUGUACGUUAUAGUUAUCCUUAUUGUGUCUUGGUCAACCUUUAUGCUAAGGUGGGGCUUCAUCGUUACAAUAUGUUGAAGGGUACAAACUUCCAGCUUGAUUCCCUAGUGAAAUUCAACAUGUUACAAAAUUGUGUGUCCUCUUUCUACAUGACUUUGCUUGCACACGAUCCAGCAGCUCCUGACCCAUUGGAGAAAACCUUCCAGGUGCGAGUUGAUGAGCAAAAAGCUAAUCAUUUGGAUUUUGAGUGCUCCAUUGCCAGAAUUAAAGAUGAAGUGAUCACCGAGAAGCCCUUUGUACCGCACUUUCAUGGUGACGCAGUUGCGGAUGGUUUCUUCAAAGGUGAGUUGCCUGAUUGGCCGUCAGAUGAUGCUUUGAAUGAUGGAAAACGGUUUUACUUGGUGAAGGAAUCAGAAUGGCAAGCCAAUGAUUGGAUUUCUAUGUAUUUGGAACUUGUGAUUUGUGCAUAUGAUAGGAGGAUCCGGGAGAGGGACGUUUUCUCCCUAUUGGAGAUUCUGGAAGUGGCAAUAGAAACUGGUGUCGAAGAUGUGGAACCUUCGAAUGAGAGACUCAAGGCCAAAAGUGUAAAUGUCUACAUAAAGUUUAAGGGCAUGGCAAAUGUUAUAACCCCUAGGAUGAUUUUUGAGAGUGGUGAGCAUGUCGAACGCAAAGCUGUAGUGAGAAGAGUCCUCGAUGAACAUAGCGGAGACAUGACUCUUUCGGGUAAGUUUUGUGGUGGUCAAAGUACUCGAAAUCAGCCUUCUGUCGCUCUCCAAAGUGGAAAGAAAAUUCAGAGCUGUAAAAAGCGACCUCGCUUAGACUAGGGCAACCCAUGGAGUAUGGCUGUCCGCAUGACGACAAGAUUCAUUUUGAAUGUGUGGAUCAGAUAAUAAAUUAAGCCAUCUUGUGGUUUUUAAUUGUGAAAUGUUUUUCAGAUACAACAAACUAAAUAUAUUAGCGUACAUAUUUGUGCUUU